AGAUUUUAUAACUUAAGAGUAACAUAUUGUGAUUGAUUUUAUUGAAAUGAUUUCUGAGUCUUAAUCUAUAUGUUUUCCUAGGGAUAUAAUAUGGGUGAAUGCUCAAGAAAAGACUUUAUAAGUGAUCUGCCUCACGGCAUUCUGGAUUGUAUCCUAACUAAACUCCCAAUAAGAGAUGCUAUAAGAACCUGCGUUUUGUCUACCAAGUGGAGGUACCAAUGGGCUACCAUGACACAGCUCGUCAUUGAUGAAAAUUGUGUGCGUAAAUCUCAGAUUAAGAGAAAAUUCUUUAACUUUAUGCUGCGAUGUCUUUUUAUGCAUAAUGGUCCUAUUUUAAAGUUCAGCGUAUCUUUUAAAUACUUGGAUGAGUGUCCCGACAUGGAUCAAUGCCUACGUUUCCUGUCGAGGAAAAACAUAAAAGAGUUAGUUCUUGAUAAAGUAUCACCGGAACCAACGUUAGCUACACCUGCUGUGUUUUCUUGUCAGCAACUGAUUAGCUUGACAAUCAAAUCAUUUGGGAUGAAACUUCCUCGAACAUUUCAAGGAUUUCCAUGUUUGAAGUACCUUCACCUUGAAUAUAACAUUCUUACUGGAGAGGUUGUUGAGAACCUUAUUGCUGGUUGCCCUCUUCUUGAGAAGUUUGAAUUUGUAAAUUUUGAAUGUGGAGAAUUUACAGUCCGUGCCCCAAAUCUGAAGCAUCUUUUUCUGGAUGUAAAUUUUACACACAUUUAUCUUGAGCACGCUCCACUUCUGGCUGCUAUAACCAUAGAAAUCGAUACAGAGUUUGCAGAGGGUAAACCCCUUAUAACGGUUCCAGUUACAUAUCAUUGUCUAAAGUUUAUUCAACUAAAUGGCGUACUCUUUCAAGAGAAAAAUGAAGUGGUGUAUGUUCACCACUUACUUUUGCAGACCCCUAAUGUACAAGAACUUCGAAUCUCAGCUGUAGCAAUCGAAGACGCUUUCUUCGAAGAAGCUGAUAUGGACUUCUGGGAGAAAGAAAUUGCUGCUGAUUUCUUAUUCAAGCACCUUAAAAUAGUAAAGAUGUCAUGUGUGUCGAGCGAAAAAGACAUGCAAUUCAUCAAAUUUGUGUUGCGAUGUUCUCCGGUUCUGGAGUUGAUGAGUGUGUCAUAUUACAUUGAAGACGGAACCAAUAUGAAUAUCGAAAAUGCAGUGCUGCACUUUCCACGAGCUUCUCCAGGAGUGGAUAUAAAAUUCUCGGUCAUGCCUAUCCCUCCAAUUGUUUUUUAAUCUGCUUAUUUGGGCAGCUUUCAGAUGUAAUUGUACAAGAAAUCUGUACCUUAAAUUAAUCAGCUAUUGCA